CCUUGCUUGGUUGACUCAAGGAAUAUAAUACUUUGAAGAAGGAGAAGAGAAAAUGGUUCGAGGGAAGACUCAGAUGAGACGCAUAGAAAACGCCACAAGCAGGCAAGUGACGUUUUCAAAGCGCCGCAAUGGGUUGCUUAAGAAAGCGUUUGAGCUUUCUGUUCUUUGCGAUGCUCAGGUUGGUCUCAUCAUCUUCUCUCCAAGAGGCAAGCUUUAUGAAUUUGCAAGCUCAAGCAUGCAGGAGAUAAUUGAAAGAUAUCGCAAGCAUACAAAGGAUACUCCACCAGCAGCCAAAUCAGCUGAACAGAAUGUGCAGAAUUUGAAGCAAGAAGCAGCAACCUUGAUGAAAAAGAUUGACAUUCUUGAAGCCGCAAAAAGGAAAUUCUUGGGAGAAGGUUUAGGGUCAUGCAGCAUUGAAGAACUGAUACAGAUAGAACAACAAUUGGAGAAGAGUGUAAGCAUUGUUAGAGCAAGAAAGACUCAGCUUUACAAGGAACAAAUUGAGCAACUUAAAGAAAAGGAAAAAACCCUAAUGGAUGAAAAUGCCAUGCUCUAUGACAAGGGUAAAGAUAAUAUGGUUCAAAAUCUAGCAACAAAUAAAACAAAUAAUAAGGAUCAGAGAGAGAAUCAAGCUCAACCCUAUGCAGAAAGUAGUAGUCCAAGUUCAGAUGUGGAGACCGAAUUGUUCAUUGGACUUCCUGAAACAAGAACAAGGCGCAUGUCUCCUACAAAUUAAUUAAAAUUAAGUUCUCUAUGAUGAUUGUUGGAACUAAUCCAUCCCUAUGCAAAAGUAUGUAUAGAAUAAUAAGGGUAAUUAACCCAAAAUUAACCUUAUCAUUAAUGCAUAUUAGAAAUGUGCUUCUUUAUUCUGCUCUAAUAGAGAUAAGAUAAUAAUAGUGAUGACUAGAGUGCUUUGUUUGAUGAUAUAUCCUCAAACAUAUGUUUGGAGUUUGAUUAUUAUAUGACAAGUUGUAAUGGCAAAUGCCUAAUGGAA